CUAACAAAACACAAUCUCUGUGAGUACUGAGUAGCGAGCGGAUCCAUUUUUCUUCGUUCAUCAGACACUGCACACUCCGUCCGGCGCCGUCCAUUGUCGUCAGCUCAGUGUGGUUGUUCUCGGGCUAGUAGUGAAGUAGAAAUUCUUUCGGAGUCGGUGUAAACCCCUGGUCAACCUCGGCUUCAGUUGUUAAUGGCGACUUCCCUUCUGAAAAUUCCGACCAAUGCGUUUCAUAAGCAACAGAACCACCUCGCGUUCUGCUCAAGAGGCGGUAGUAGCUGGGGCAGUAUUCCCAUUUCUCAGAAGAAGAGUUCACGUAUGCUGCCGUUAAUGUCAAUAGCAGCUUCAUCUUCAGCUCAAACCUUCCUUGAAAAGUCUGCACCUUCGCCCCAGGAUGUUGGGCUCCCUAUAUUGGUAAAUUCAUGCACUGGAAAGAUGGGAAAUGCUGUCAUUAAAGCAGCGGAAGCUGCUGGACUGUAUGUUGUUCCAUUGUCAUUUGGCCUUGAAGAGGAGUCUGGACGAACUGUUCAGAUCAGUGGAAAGGAGUUUCUUGUGCAUGGCCCUUCUGAGAGGGAAAGCAGUCUUGCUUCUGUCCUUGAUAAAUAUCCAAAUUUGAUUGUUGUGGACUACACAGCUCCUUCCGCCGUGAAUGGUAAUGCAGAGUUAUACUGUAAGUUUGGUGUGCCCUUUGUGAUGGGGACCACUGGUGGAGAUAGGGACCUGCUGUAUAAGAAUGUUAAAGACUCAAAUGUGUAUGCAGUGAUAUCCCCUCAAAUGGGAAAACAGGUUGUUGCUUUUCUUGCUGCUAUGGAAAUUAUGGCCGAGCAAUUUCCUGGAGCUUUCUCUGGCUAUUCCCUGCAGGUAUUGGAGUCUCAUCAAGCAAGCAAGGCUGACGCAUCUGGAACUGCCAAGGCUGUUAUUUCUUGCUUCAACAAAUUGGGGGUGCCCUUUGACGAGGAUCAGAUACAACUGAUCAGGGACCCGAAGCAGCAACUUGAAAUGGUGGGAGUGCCGGAGGAGCACUUAUCUGGUCAUGCAUUUCAUAUGUAUCAUUUGACAUCACCAGACCAAACAGUUUCCUUUGAGUUUCAACAUAAUGUUUGCGGUAGAUCAAUAUAUGCAGAGGGCACUGUUGAUGCUGUUAUCUUCCUUGCCAAAAAGAUAGAAUCAAAGGACAGCAAAAAAAUAUACAAUAUGAUUGAUGUCCUGCGAGAAGGUAAUAUGCGAUGAAUUUUGCUCCAAGACACUGGAUGUUUAUCUAGGAACUUGUUUGAAGAGAUUCAACAUUUUGGUAAUCGAGAUGCGAACCCUUUUCCAUUUUCUGCUCAUUCUUCUUUCUUUUUCGUUGAGAAAAUCUUAGUGAGCAUCCUGGGUUGCAUGGCCAUGGCCGGACCUAUCUUUGUUAGAGCCACAUAUUGGAUCAGUUUGAUAAAUAAAAGCGUAAAAUUUAUAUUGCGCUCU